AUGGCUAACAGUGCAAGAGGAAGGGGCAACCCAGAAAAUGCUGAGGAUGAAGAUGAUUUUAACGAUUUUGGAGGCUUUGAGGCUGCAGAACCUGCAGGUGAUAUAGCUGCUUCUCAUGCUCAGGCUGCAGCAUCUCCAUGGGCCUUGUUUAAUGCAGGGAAUGUUCCUGGUCGACCUGAUCUCUUGUGUGCUCAGAAUCGGUUUCCCACCUACUUAGACCCUUCUGAUAUAUCUGGAGCUUCAACAGAAGCCAUGAAUGUUAACCUCAGCUAUCCAGCAGGCAACAGACCAGUUCAACCCCAGGCAGAUUUGUUUGAUGUCCAGUUUCCAGAGAACCAAGGUCUGCUAGAUCAGGCACGAAUAGCUGAAAAUGUACUGGAUGGGACGCUAGAUGGCGCCACUGGGGCUGGUUUUAUUCCCGCCCACAGCGUGGCCAAUGGCCGACUUCCAGAUAUCGGGCUGGGUAUAAAUGAAAAUCGGCUGUUCAAUCAGGCUGAAGAGUUGAAUCUGCCAGAAGCUUUGAUCGCUGAAAACCCCCCACUGCUUGAGCUGCCUCUGGAAGGAGUGCCCUUGGUCAACUGGGCCAAUGCUGAACCACAGGAGGCGGCUAGCAGAGAAGAGCACAACAUUUUGGAACCACAAAGGAAUGUGGAGAAUAUGGCAGAGGAAAAUGCUGUAGAAGAACAGCCUGCAGAAUCAGCUUUGUCAGAAGCCAGCAGAGUAACAGAAGCUGCUUUGCAAGAGAGACUGAACUUGGUGACAGAAAGAAAUCAUGCCUUAGAGGAGGAACUAGAGAGAGUUAAAGGUGAUCUUGCUGCACAGAGGUCAAGGCUGCAGGAUAUUCAUACCCGGCACACAGAAGAGAUGGAGGAAGUCAGAAAGGCAGGUCACGAUGCCCUUACAGUAGUGGUUGAACAGUACAAGGAACAGUCGAGAGCUGUAGUUCUGGAGGAGAAAGAGGUUGCCCAGCGACAUCUCCUAGAAACCCUAGACGCACAGAUGACAGCCUUCAAAGACAUGUUGCGACUGCAGCAAGAGCUACACGAGCAGCAAAAAGAAGAUGACCGACGGGAGCUUGGGCUAAGGAUUGAUAGGGCUGUGGAGGAAUCUCGCCAACAGCAACAGGAGCAGUUUGAUGUGUUCCUUGCUAGAGAACGUGCAGCACAGGUGGAAGCUCAGGAAAAGUCACUUGAGGCAGAAAGAACUGCAACCCAGGAAAGAUUUCAGAAAGCUGUCGCAGAACAGCAAGAGAAAACAGAAGCUAGGUUAAGAGAACUUGAGGGAGCUUACUCUCAAAAACUUGAGGAAGAGAGACAGAGUCAUGAAUUGGCCCUGAAAGCAGUCCGGGAAGAGGAAAAGAGGUUGGCCCAGGAGCAGAUAACUCUCAUGGUAAGUGAAGAGAGAGAGCGGGGAAGAGCAGCCAUUAGGUCAGCAUUAGAUUCCUCCAUGGUGGACGUACGGUCAUAUAUUGAGGAACAGAGACAGGCUGACUCCAGGGUCAGAAGACGACAUCUUGCCAGCUUGGAUGUCUUUCUCGAAUCUUCCAGACAGCAGAUCCGUCUUUUACUAGAGUCUGAAAAACCAGAAUCUACAUCUUCAACCGCACCACCACCGCCUCGUCCACCCAGUAAUGGCAGUGGAGAAACAUAA